AAAACUGCAAAAUUUUCCUCUUUUGAGUCUUAUCUCUUCCUAUUAGUCUUCCGUUUUCCCGAUUCAUUCUUCUGCUCUUCUCCUUCUCAUCCUUUCUUGGAUUUGAAAUCCCCUGCAAAAAAGAAAAGGGAUUCGGGAAUCCGUUUCCCUUCGUAGCAGAGUGAGCAAUCAGUUCUCUCAAGAGGGAAAUUCGAGGAAUCUGAACUCUUCUGUCCUGGAUUCUUCCUUCCUCGGAACAUCAGCUUCCCAAGAUUUUCCGACGCUCUGGGAACUUAGCACUGAUUCUGUGUGAGAGAGGGCUAGUUCUGAUCUUGUGGCAAUGACUGUUCAGCAGCAGGAUGAAGGAAAAACGUCAGAUGCCUCUGUAAAAGCUGGUAACUACCGCUCUGAUGGCGCUGCACAGACUGAAACAGUGGUCCAGAAGGAGGAGAUAUGUUCAUUUGGGGAUUACCCUACACCUAAGGUAAGGAAACCCUACACCAUCGUUAAACAAAGAGAAAAAUGGACAGAAGAAGAGCAUCAGAAGUUUCUUGAAGCCUUGAAGCUGUAUGGUCGUGGUUGGCGUCAAAUCGAAGCACAUGUAGGCACCAAAACUGCAGUUCAGAUCCGAAGUCAUGCUCAAAAAUUUUUCUCUAAGGUGGUACGGGCAUCCAGUGGUAGCACUGAAAACACCAUAGAACCAGUUGAGAUACCGCCUCCACGGCCAAAGAAGAAACCCUCACAUCCUUAUCCACGUAAAUCAGUUGAUUCCCUUAAUGGGAUAUCAGUUACAAAUCAAUUAGAAAGGUCUCCAUCUCCAAAUUUAUUGGUGGGGGAGAAAGACACCAAAUCUCCCACUUCAGUUCUCUCUGCAGCUGGGUCAGAUUCAUUGGGGUCUGCAGUUUCAGAGCAGCUCAAUCCUUGUUCUUCUCCUAAUUCCUGCACAACUGACAUUCACUCAAGUACCUCCUCACCUGUUGAGAAGGAGAAUGUACACAUGACAUCCAAUUCCACUGUCCAAGAAGAAAAAGAUCCUUUUUCAUCAACGCCUGAGUGCUUUUUGUCCAUGAAAUUGGAGUUAGCUUCCAAGGAUACUCUAGGCAACAUGGGAGAUGAAGCCACAGGAGCACCCGUUACAAGCAUCAAGCUUUUUGGAAGGACGGUUGUGGUGACAGAUUUUCAAAAACCAUGUUCUUCAGGGUCAGAGAAUAGUGAGUCACUGCCAUCUGAUAAGAGUCCAGAGAACAUUGAUAAUGAGAAGCUUGUUAAUUAUAAUUGUGAAUCAUUGCCAUGUCGAGCCCCAGAUAGACACAUGGAACAUCGUAAAGAGAACACCGACUCUGCAGAAGCCUACCAUUAUGCUUCUCUGCCAUGGUGGACUCUGUACCAAGGUCUGCCAUUUUAUUGCUCUCCCUCAUAUUACCAAACCUCAGUUCAAGUACCUACAGGCUCCUGUGUUGAAGAAGAAACGAACGAGAGGGAUAUUGUGAAGGAAAAAUCUUGUACUGGCUCGAACUCUGCAAUAAUUAAUGAAGUGGAAAAUGGAGAGAAGAAUUUAGUUGGUGUUGAUUGCGAGUCUCAAGAAACUCUUGAUGAGAGAAGGAUGGUUAGCCCCUGCAACCAUAUGAAGGGAUUUGUUCCCUACAAAAGAUGUCGAGCAGAGAGAGAUGCGAACUCAUCAAUGAUGGUUAUAGAGGAGAGGGAGGGACAAAGAGCUCGAGUUUGCUCGUAGCCCCCCCACCCCACCAAAAAAAAACAACAGUGCAUAUCCAUUUGACCUUCACGCAGGAACUAAUGGUAAUUUUGCUCACUUUCUCCAGAAGAGUUACCCAUCUUUAGAAAGUCGAGAACUAAUUAAUGGUAGCAAUGGCAUGGUUUUGGCAGAAAGAGUAACUAGAUGCAAGCUUUUUGGAUUGUAUCUGUGGCUUUCCGAAACCUCUCCUGCUUGUUCCUUUCGACCUUUCCCUCCUCCACUUCAAGAUUCCACUUAGGAACCAAGUUGUAAAUAUUUUGAGCAACAUGUUGCUUUGCCGCCGUCUUUAUUUCAGUGUCUGAAAAUUCCUUCUUUCAAACAUAAUGUUGAAUGAUA